AUGGCGGCCGGAGGGGCGGGCCCGGGGGAGGAGGAGGAGGAGGGGGAAGGGGAAGGCCGGGCGCCCUCCCCGCGCUCGGCGCCGCGCACACAAAAGGCUGCAGGGAAAACACGGAGGGCAGCGGGGCUGCGGAGUGGCCUCGGCGGGGACCUCCUGCCCGCCUCUGCCCUCCCAGCUCUGUGUGACCGCUGCCCGCACACCCUCGGCAGGUCCCCGUGUCCGCACCGCAUCCCCGUGUCCCGCACCGCAUCCCCGUGUCCCGUCCCGCAUCCAUGUGUCCCGCAUCGCAUCCCCCUGCCCGGAACCGCAUCCCCGUGUCCCGCACCGCAUCCCCGUGUCCCGUCCCGCAUCCAUGUGUCCCGCAUCGCAUCCCCCUGCCCGGAACCGCAUCCCCGUGUCCCGCCCCGCAUCCCUGUGCCCGCGGGACCGGCCCAGGUUGGGGGGCGGUCGGGGUGCGCGCCCAGUGCUGGCGCGUCGGGACGGUUCAGUUCUGCUCAGCACAGCUCAGCUAAGCACAGCCCAGCCCAGCUCCCGUCGGGACGGCUCGGUUCUGCUCAGCCCAGCCCAUCUCCCGUCGGGACGGCUCGGUUCUGCUCAGCCCAGCCCAUCUCCCGUCGGGACGGCUCGGUUCUGCUCAGCACGGCCCAGCCCAGCUCGCGGCACAACCGAGCGCAGCCGUCGGCAGGCGGGGCGGGGAGCACGCAGCCCCCCGGCCGGGCCCCGCGGUGGCGGCCCGGGGGAGCAGGAGGCAACGGCGCGGGGCGGGGAGGAGCGGAGGAGAGCGGCGGCACCGAGACCGGUCCCGGCGGCCCGGGCACCGCGGUGGGUCGGGACCCGGCGGGCUCCGGCAGUCCCAGCCCCGCGGCGGCUCCGGUACCUUUGGGCGGCUCCGCAGCCGGGCAGCUCGGCACCUCCCGUACCCGCGGGCGGCUCCGGUGCUCCUGGCAGGCUCCGGUGCCCCGGGUGGCUCCGGCACCAUCGGAAGGCUCCGCUGCCCCGUGGCGGCUGCGCAGCCCGGAGGCUCCCGUGUCUCGGCUCCGGGCAGAGGCGAAGGAGGCAGCGGCCGCAGCCAGGCAAGCGGGCGGGGGCGGCCGGGCCGGAGCUCGGCCCACCCGAAUCCCGGGACCCCCGCCCGCGCCCACUCCGAGGGCAGGGGGGAUUCGCUGUAGGGUGAAUCCGGGGAGGGCAGGGGGUAUAUACAACCCCCAUGCCGAGAGCGGACCGGAUCCGGGAUUUGCACAGAACAAAGGACCAUGGAGGGGUCACCAUUAUCGCAGUCCUUAUGCUCCCAAGCCCUCUGUGGUGGCUCCAGCCUGGCUCCUGCUCCUCACCCAGACUAUUAUGGGACAGCACAGGAUGGUCAAAGCCCUCAUCUGCCAGACCCCAGGCAAGGAAUCCUGGUCCCCACUGAGCAGCCCCCAGGUGCCCUGUCAGCUGCUGGAGGACAAGGUAGGACCCUCAAGCUCCAGCUCCCCUGAACCCACCUCUUCCACCCACUGCCUCCUUCUUUCCUAGGGGAAGGGGCUGUGGUUUGUCCAGAGGGUAGAGAGGUGGGAAGCUCUGUCCCUGGCAGAGAAUCCCUGCCAGGCAGGGCAGCUCUGUGCACACCUGAGCCAGGUGAGGCUUUCAGAGAGGAGGCAGAAAAUGAAACUGGGGAAUGAAGCAGAGAAACAAGGAUCAAGCUUUAGACACCUCUCCCCUGUUUUACACCUGGAUCAAAAGCAGGAACAUCAAAAGCUGGAGGGAUGCUGAGAGGAACUGCUGGCAGGGACCUGCUGCACAGCUCUUACUCUCGAAUGGGACAUAUCCAAAAAAGUCGCCAUCACUCCCAGAUGUAGGAUUACACAAUUCUAAGGCUCGGGGACAGGGUCCUGCCAUGCCACCACGGCUGGGGACACUGCUCCGGGUCUGGUGCCAUCGUGUGGACACACGACACUUGCACGAAUCCCUCGUCCCCUUCCCUGGUGGAGAGACCAAGCUUGGCAGCACAGCUCCUCCAGGCUGUACCGAACACCAAAGGGUCUUUUGUCCCACUCCCACCACCCCAAGUCUCCCAAAAUCUUGUCCACUGUCCGUAUCUCCCACUCAGCCAUCAGUGCUGUGCCUUCCUUCUCCAACCCAUCAGCCCCAUUGCUGUACCCCACCUGCUCGGGCCACCCCCAAACUGUGGCUACGUUGAAGGGUCAAGUACCUGCUGAUCCGGGGAGGAAUCCCCCAAGCCCCCUGGGCAAGGGAAAGGGGGAAAAUAAAUGACCACAAGUAGCCAGACAUGGAAAAAUAUUAUGGGACCAGGGGGAACCUGCUCUACUCCCCAAGUCUUAAAAGAGGUUC